AUGUCUGACAAGGCCAAGGACGGGAGCGAAUUCGAGGACGACGGGCAACUCGACGAAUCCUACGACGAACUCGAUCGAGGAUUGAAUGUGAAUGGCAGCAGGCGCCGCAACACAAGAGAGGAUAGCAAGGACGGCGGUUAUCAACUGAAGAAUGUUCUCAAACUCCCUCGGGCGACAACCUACUCGACGCAAGCUGUCUACGACCAGAUACAUGCUGGGGAUAUCGACCUCUCGCCAGAGUAUCAACGAGACACGAAGCAAAUUGGCCUCAUAGACUCUAUUCUUCGCAAUUUUUAUAUUCCGCCCGUCAUAUUUGUAACUCACCAGUAUGAGGAUGGUUCAGAAACCAAGACAUGCAUAGAUGGAAAGCAACGCUUGACGUCAAUACAACGGUUCAUGGAUGGAGAGAUUCCUCACAAAGACCCGCAAACCGGAGACAAAUAUUUCUUCAAGAGAAGCUCUGCGCCACAGGGUAAGGGGUCAAUGGUGCUACCCGAGAAAUAUAAACGUAUCUUCGUGAACAAACAAAUUGUUUGCAUCGAGUACCAAGAUUUACCUGGCAGUGACGAGCGAGAGAUAUUCCAGAGGGUACAAUUGGGAAUGGCGCUCACACCAGCAGAGAAGCUCCAAGUCAUCAACUCCCCAAUGGCAUCAUUUGUCCGGUCAAUCCAAACACAAUACCUCGAAUCCAGUGGCCCCCUUGCUGGAGAUGAACUCGAUUGGGACCGUUCUCGCGGUGGUGACUUCCGGUGCAUCACCCAAGCCUUAUACCUCAUUUCUAAAUAUCCACGCCAGGCCUCACUGGCCUCGGUUUUGCAACUCGAGAAGUGGUUGCAUAACCCAACCUCUCAGCCUGCGCGUAAGGGAAAGGAGCAAGGGAAAGGGAAAGAAGGGAAAGGCGACUGGUGGGCAACGACACGCUCAGGCCCUUGUUCCUUAAGGAUGAUUGGCGUAGUUGCCCCUAUCGAGUUUGUGAUGAUGUGCCUGCUCAUCUCGGUCGAGAAGGAUAAGCUGCCUCUCAGGGAGAUUGCAGAAGGGAUAGGUGAAAUGCGGGUGAAGACAAGGGCAGAGCACACCGACAUUCGGAGCAAUGCGCGAGUGGCGAAGACGAUGUUUGAUUCUAUCGGUGGGAGGUGUCAGGUCAACGGUGGCACUAGCGGCUCGAAACGGAAACGGGGGCUUAGUGCUGACGAGGAUGAUGAAUCGCAGAGGAAGAUCAAAGAGCAAAAACCCGAUGCAGUCGCCGCGAGCACAGUGCGGAGCCCCCGAGUUCCUCCCCCACCCCGGCUGGGUUUCACUGGUACUUUUGGCCUAUCAGUAGCUCCCGGACCGUCUUCCACAGCAUCUCGUAUCUCGGCACCGUCUUCAUCCACGCCGUCAGUUAUCCAACCACCGCGUCCAAUGCAAGCCGAUCGACUUCAGGCCGUGCGGGAUGCCAAGAGCAAUGCCGCCGAAUUGGGCGUACCCCCCGGUUCCAGUGGUGACUACGUGACGAACCCCGGUCAAACACCGCUAUCUUUCAUUGAGCCCUACCUGGCAAAGGUCAGUGGGGGAAGUGUGAAGUUUGAUCCAGCGUUGAUCUCCGAGGGCUUGUACAAUACUGGCACAACUCAGCCGCAUAAUAUUAGCGUGAAAAUUUCUCCGAAAAAUACAAAAAAAAGAGCGGUGAAAGUUGCACACGGAACACUAUGGAACGCCAUCGUCGGGUGCAGUUUGUUUCAAUGUUGUUCCUCAGGGUACUUCGUGACGAUUUACCCUCUAGUCGUGGCUCAACGUGUUGUCUCCCACGACGACUUGCUACUGAGCCCCCUGAACGUACUGGUGCUAUGCGAAUCUGAAACGUAGGCCCCUGACGAGGACGGUGUUCAGGCUGAAAAAAUUAAGAGGCGUUGGUGAGGACGGCAUCUGCGGCUCCAGUGCCAGGCAUCCCCGUAACCACAUUUUCUGAAUACGAUGAAUAUGGGCCAUGAGAGAUACGAGUUCUAGAAUAGGAUCAUAAUCGUUAGUACUGUGGAGGUGAUAAGGCAAAGUCCAUAUGUGUGCGGCGCCUGCGUUCCUGG